AUUUGAAUGUCCGUUACGUUUGUUAUUGUUUAUUUUCAUUUUUAUAUAUUAAAAAAAGAUAUUAAUGAGAAGAUAUACUUUUGUAUAGUUAAUAUUAAUUUAUAAUUUAAAGACGCUAAAACUCCAACCUCAAAAUGAAUUUUGAUUCAACGUUCCAUUGUGAUACUAACAGUGAAACAUUAGCUCAAGGAAAUGAUGAAGAAUUUGGUGAUGAUCACAAAGCUUUUCAGGCUUUGAUAGCCAAACAAAAUGCUGAGAAUGAAAGAUUAAAACAAGAAAAUCAUCAACUGCAGCUUAAAAUAAUUAGUAUGACAACCCUUCAACAGGAUUUACAGGAGAAUAUAGAGUUUUUGGAAACAUCAAAAAAACAACUGGAAGCUUCAAUAAACACGAAAUUACAGGAAGCAGAAGACAAGAACAAGAUAAAAAUAAAUACUUUAACCACUCGAUUACAUGAAUUAGAAGCUACAUUGGUAGAAAAAGACGAAAAGAAUGUAGUACUACAAAAAGAAUUGGAUGAAGUCAAUAAAAAAUUAUCAACACUUGUUAUAGCUCCUCCUGUGAAUGAAAUUUCUUUUAGAAAUGAUAUUUUAGGUCUAGAAGAUAAGAUACAAGAAUUAGAAACACUGUUGUCUACUAAGCAGGAAGCCUGUUUAAAGUUGGAAGAAGAUCUUAAAGAAACUCUCAAAGAUUUAUCCGAGUUACGAAAAGUCUAUGAUGACACUAAAGAACGUCUGGCAGAACAGAAUAAAAUUCUUGAAGCUACUCGUGAUGAAUUAACAGAAUGUAGAAUAGAGUUAGAUAAUUUAAAAAUGUUGCCAGCUGAUCAAGCAUCAAAAGGGAAUUCAGUGUUUGCAGAACUAGAAGAUCGUCGUCAAAAAGUAUAUAAAACGAUGAUGACUUACAAGCAAACCUACCAUGAAAUCAAACGUACUUUACAGGUUAAAAAUAAUGAAAUAAAAGCUUUGCAAGCAGAAAAAGCUGCUUUACUAACAACAUUACAAAAUGAUCGAGAUGAAACUAUCCGAGAAAAUGCUAAUCUUAUUGAAAAAUAUAAAGAAACAAUUACGGAGUUCAAAUUUAAACUUGAAGAUCAGCGAAAGAAAUUUCAACUUUUGGAAACUCAAUUACAACCAAUUGAUGAUAAAUAUCAGUAUUUUUUAUCAGCAUUAGAUGCUAAAAAGAAGGAAAAUGAAGAGCUCAUAGGAAAAAUUGAAAAUGCAUCUAUUCAAGCUUUGAUAGAUGAGGAAAAAAAGUGUAAAAUAAAUGAUAAUCUUAGAUACUGGCGUAAAAAAGCCAUUACUAAAGAGGCUCAGUUAAAAGCUAUAGAAUGUCGUCUUGAAACAGAAGAUUCGCCAAUUCAUAGAGAAUUAUUGGAAAUAAUACAACAAGAAAAUAAGGUGAAAAACAUAUUAGAUGAAAGUUCUUAUUCAGACCAACUAGAAGCAGGGCAAAUAAAUAAGUACAAUGAUAUUACCAGUCAAGAUAAAAAUGAUUUCGGAUCCCAAGGAUUAAAAAUAACAGAAUAUAUUGCUGAGGAUAACUUAAUUAAUAAGAAUAUAUCAGAACCCAGAUAUACAGAUUUAAUUGAUCUUUCAUCACCUCCAAUAAAUAAGGAAAGCUGUUAUUUUAAUAUUAAUAGCCCAGGGACAAAAGACGAACUUCAAGCUAAAGAAAACAACCCAAAUUAUGAGAAAGCUAAAGUUGAACAAAGAGGAAUUUUAAAAAUACUGGCAAAGAUUGUAAUAACACGUCUACAAACAUGAGUUUGACACAAGCUGUUUCUUCUCAUUUGGACAUAACUCAAGAAAAAGAAAAGAAAACUUUGAGAUUUCCAACUGAUAUGGUUGAACCAAAAUCUUCGAGGAAACCUCUCAAGCAAAUUACUCCUAAAUAUCCAAUAAUACAUGUUUCACAAGAUUCGACAUUGAAUGAUGAUCAAAAUAAUUAAUUCAGAGAAUUAUUGAUAAUAAAUAUUUUUUCAAAAAUUGUAGCUA